GGUCUGGAUUGUCCUUAUUUAUCCAGUUAUUUAGACUGGCACUUUUUUUAUGAUAGUUCAUUAACUGUUAGCCGUAAAAAUGCUAUCUGCAUCUUUGAGCAGAAUGCUGAGUUACCCAUACGACGGCAUUAUGAAAGCAUCCAGUUUCCUUUUUAUGGAGGGUUGGCAGAUUCAAAUCUGGUGUUUCGGACUAUAUCUACUGUUGGCAACUAUGACUAUGUCUGGAAUUUUAUUUUCUACCAAAAUGGAGCUGUUGGUGUUCGGGUCCAUGCCAGUGGGUACAUUCAAAAUUCAUUUUACUUUGGUGAUGCUGAAGACUUUGGCAAUAGAGUCCAAGAAUGGGCCUUGGGAACAAUUCAUACCCAUAAUAUUCAUUUCAAGGUGGAUUUGGAUAUUGGUGGUGUGAAAAAUACCCUGAUUGGUAAUGACAUGGCUUUUGAGACCUUGCAGGCCCCUUGGAGUCCAGAAAAUAAGAUCCAUCGAAUGAAAAAGGUUAGGGAAGUUUUGGACACUGAGAACAAAGCAGCAUUCCAUCUCCAUGAUGAUAUGCCCAGAUACAUUUAUUUUGCAUCCAACUGUACCAAUAAGUGGGGCCAUGAGCAUGGCUAUCGGAUCCAGACUGUCAGCUUUUCUGGAGACCAUUUGCCAGAAUCAGAUCCAAUGGAGCCAGGCCUAAGUUGGGGUCGUUAUAAGCUAGUUGUUACGAAGAGGAAAGAAAAUGAACCUUUCAGCACCACUAUCUACAAUCAGGUUGACCCAUGGAAUCCUCCUGUGGCCUUUGCUGACUUCAUAAACAAUGAAAGCAUUGUCAAUGAGGAUCUGGUUGCCUGGAUCAAUGCUGGUUUUCUACAUAUUCCACAUUCUGAGGAUAUACCCAAUACUGCAACCCUUGGGAAUGAAGUUGGUUUUUUCUUGAGACCAUACAAUUAUUUUGAUGAUGACCCUUCCAUGUAUUCUCCAGACAGUGUUUAUUUCAGCCACCUGCAGGACCCCACAUCCUGUGAGCUCAACCAACUUGCAUGUCUGGCAAAAAAGGCUUCGUGUUUGCCCAUUUUUCCUCCUUUCACUUAUGAGGGUUUUCAAAACAUGACAAUUUUCUAA